GCCAAGAUGGAGGCACGGUGGCUUCAACACAGCGCCCCCUAAAAGUCAUCUAGUUGUAUACAUAAAUUAUUGGUGCAAACUCAUCCCAAACCUAGCGCAUGCAGUCACAUGAGAACGCGCCAUGGCUUCAGUUACCUCAACCAGUCGCUCAACUCGCUCCUCCCGACGAAGCGGCGCCGGCCCGUCCAGCACCAGCCCAACCCGGCUCUCCCGAAGCCAGGAGAAAGAGGAGCUUAGCCACCUGAACGACCGCCUGGCCGCCUACAUAGAGCGGGUCCGCCAGCUGGAGAAUGACAAGUCCUCAAUGCUGCUUCUCCUGGAGGAGAAAGAGGAGUCCACGACCCGGGAGACGGCCAACGUUCGGCGGCUGUACGAGACCGAGUUGGCCGACGCGAGGAAGAGCUUGGACGUGCUGGCUAACGACAGGGCCCGGCUGCAGAUAGAGAUGGGUCAUCUUUCUGAAGAGCAUAGCAACCUACAAGCCAGGAACCAGAAGAAGGAAGCAGAGUGUAACAUGGCCAUGGGUCAGUGGAGGAACUUGGAGGCGGUCCUCAACUCUAAAGACGCAGAGCUGGCCAAUCAACUGGCAGAUAACAGAAGACAGGCGGAUGACGUCACUGACCUACAGGCCCAGGUGGCCAAUUUGGAGUGUGGGCUGGCGGAGACUAAGACCCAGCUAAACUCUGAGAUGUUGAGGAGGGUGGACCUGGAGAACCAGGUGCAGACGCUACGGGAACAGCUGGAGUUCCAGAGACACAUUGACGAACAGGAGGUCAGGGAGAUCCGGAGCAGACAUGAGAGUCGCCUGGUGGAGGUGGAUUCUGGGAGACAGAAAGAAUUUGAGAGUAAGUUGGCUGAGGCCAUGCAGCAGCUACGACAGGAGCACGAUGGACAAAUCCAGCAGUAUAAAGAGGAUCUGGAGAAGAAUUUCAAUGCCAAGCUGGAGAACGCCCAUCAGACGGCGCUGAAGAGUAGUGACUUUGCCUCGUCCACCAGAGAGGAGCUGUCUGGCACCAAGCUCCGCAUCGAGACCCUCUCCUCACAACUCAAUCACUUCCAAAAACAGAACGGGGCCUUAGAGGGGCGUGUGCGGGAGCUGGAGCGGACCCUGGACCGGGAGCGCGAGGUGUGGCAGCAGCGACUGAGCCACAAGGACGAGGAGAUGUCGGCCAUGCGGGCCCAGAUGCAGAGCCAGCUGGAGGACUACGAGCAGCUGCUGGAUGUCAAGCUCGCCCUGGACAUGGAGAUCAACGCCUACCGCAAGAUGCUGGAGGGAGAGGAGCAGAGACUCCACCUCUCCCCGAGCCCCUCCCAGCAUGGGGCCGUGGCACGCACACACGCACACGGCGCCCGCCGAGUUGUCCGCGGGAAGAAACGCAAGAACGAAGGUGGCACGGGGUCCUCGCCAGCCUACAAGGUCUCGCAGCACGCCAAGGCCCACAGUCACAUGAUGGUGUCGGAGAUAGACCUGAAGGGGAACUACGUCACACUGAAGAACAACUCUGAGAAGGAGCAGCCACUAGGAGGCUGGGUGGUGAGGAGCAGUCACCUAGACUCUCCUGAACUGUUCUUUCAGAUCCCCCCUUCCUACAUACUGGCUGGGGGCAACACCCUCACUAUCUGGGGUUCAGAGGCAGGCGUAGAGGCCUCUCCAGGUGACCUGGUCAUGAAGAACCAGAGGAACUGGGGUCCGGUCAACAACGUGAUUGUCACCCUACUGAACCCAGAUGAAGAGGAGACCGCAGAGCUGCGUGUGCAGGAGAGAGGAGCAGAAGACUCCGAUGUGGAGGUUGAUGAAGAGUUUAUGGAAGGGAGUGAUGUUCACUACCUCAGGAGACAGGUAAACACACACACCCCCCAGGGGAUGUGUAAAUCCACACUGAUCUGUCUACGCAUACAUACAUCCAUGCAUGCAUGCAUACCUACCUACCUCCCUCCCUCAGAAAACGUCUAAACACGCUGCUCCUCAGCAGACAGGUAAAUGCUGUACCCAGACCUGUACCCAGGGGAAACUGAUCAGUACUGUGUUUUUGAUCUCCAUUCCCCUUGAUGGAAAAGCCCAAGAGAAGGAAAAGGAAGUGCUGCCUGGUGUUGUGAACAGCCUGUCUCAUGACACAGACCGAUGGAGGUGAGGUGACUGUCGACAGCGUGGCUGUUGACUCCCUGGAUGUGUCUCAAAUCGCCCCCUAUUCCCUAUAUAGGGCACAAUAAAGAUGAGGGUGCCAUUUGCGUCGAAGCCCCUGUUUGUCUAAUCCCUACUACAGCUCUUAAUGCUCCAUAACCUAACCUGUAGGGUGCCAUAGUAAGUUCCAUAUGGCAUUCUAUUCCCUAUAUAGGACACUAGUUAUGGCUUUUGUGGGGUCCAACAUUCUUAAAUAGCCAUUUCUUUUAGACACAAAUGCAGGUACUGGAGGUUCCAACUCAUUUCCCAUUUAUCCAGAAAUCCAAUCAAUACGUGUGAGUUCCUGAUUGCAAUGAUCUUCACAUGUACAACACACAAGGUCUGGCUCUUUCACACAGUUCCAGGUUUGGGUAAUGAAGACAUUCCAGGUAUUUUGAACAAAGCUGCUGAUGAUGAUGGCAAAAUGAUCUUAAAAAAUGGCACUAAAAUUAUCAGAUGCCAAACAAAAUGACAUGGUUGGAAACUCUCUGCUUGGCGUCUAUCAGCCUAUUCCAAUGACUGAAUGGCACCAUACACAUUUCUAAUACAUAAUCCAUAAUCAUUUCAAAAUGUUCUUUUAAUAUCAAAAUGGUUCUUAAAGCACUAGUUUUGAACAGAGCCUGUGGGCUUAAGUACCCCCUAGGGUGCAUCCAAAAUGAAGUGGCCUGCAACACCUCAUUGCAAAUGGCUGCUGUUCCUCCCGUGUGAUGACACCGCUUGCUCAGCUUGCUGUGUGUUCCUCACCCCUGCAUGAACCAUGCUUGCUGUGUGCUGGCCAACGCACACAUUAUGAGUCUAAUUGUUUGUGUGAGGUGUGUGAGUGAUCAUUGCUGUACUAAUUGUAUGUUUGAGUGUUUGCACGAGGCCUGUGUCAAGAGGCUGAGUGUGUGUAUCUCUUCACUGACUGUGUUGUAUGUUUUCCAGGCUCCGGGGGGAACAAACGAGAGUUGCUCUGUUAUGUAACUCCACCUUCCUCCUGUCACAAUUCUGACCUGAGAACACUGCAUCUGACCCGGGAAUUCCCAGGAAUACCACUGGAAAGGCUACAAUGACAUCCUAUCCCCUACAUAGUGCGUUACUUUGCCAUGAACCACAGCGUGGGCACUGCACAGGGAAGUGGGUGUCAUUUGACACUGGCCAUGUCACCAAUGAUAUUAUUUAUGUGCCCUGUGGGAGCUUGAUGGUGAUUUGGGAGCACUGCUACACAAAUGUGUGUGAUUUCAAUGCAGAUGCAAGAGUUUGGCUGAUUGUAUAGUUGCCUGUACCUGGAAAAAUUGUGGGUAGCCCUUUAAAGUUGCAGAUCUGUUAGUGCUGUCGAGUCAACUCCUAUGGUCAUUUGUCUAAACAGCACAGACAGAUCUGGGACCAGGCUUGUAUUCUUUAAGCAGCGACAUGGCGUUUGUCCUGCUACUCUGGCGUUCCUAACACGUCUCUCCUCCCGCCUGCUGCGAGUGACAUUCAUGUGCCCCUUACUGUCUUUAAUGCCACAUCAUUCAAUUGUCAAGGUUUUUAAGAAAAUGUUUCAUUUGUCAUACAGUAUGAAUAUGCCUUGUGUCCUGACUGUUUAAAAUCCUGUUUGGGAAAAUGACAGAUUGUUCCACUUGUAUGGUAUUACAGUAUGUUAGUACUAUAACUAACUGUAAGAUGAAUGUUUUCUGGUGUUUUUACCCUUUAAACUGCAGCACUUUUUGCCAUUGAGAGAGGAGUUAUACACUGAAUAUAUCCAUGAUAUAAUGUGGACAUGUUUCAUGUUCAUCCUGAAGUAUGUGGACAGGAUGCUUUUCCUGUGAUUGACAGGUACUUUGGUGGCUUUGCAAUAUUGUUUCUUAUUUUAUUUCUGAAACUUUAUUUUCUUUCUAU